CCAACUUUCCCUCAAUUUUCGUCAACUUCUCUUCCCUGAUACUCCCUCUUCAAUACCUGUUUAAGACAUAACACGUCUUCCUAUACAUGGUGACGACCUCUUUUUUUAUUUGUCACUUCCCCUCAGUAAUUUGUUACUUAUCAUUUCAUACCCUUCUCAUACCUACAUCGUUUCUUACAUGAUAUUUUUACCUAGUAGUUCCCUAAAUCCUACCUUAAACUUGCAUGAGCACCAAUCGACGAGAGCUCUCAACCACCACACUUGGCCAUGUCAAGUUUCCAAUACCUCUACGCUUCUAAUGGCGACCGUCCUGAGCUCAAGACCAACAUGGGCGUGGAUUAUGUAAUCCACUACAAGGUCUCUGGCGAUAGGGCUGAAGCUGAAGCCGGAUUCAUCCAACUAAUCGAAGCUCUCACUAAGGUUGGACUGGCCUCCGAAGUUAGACGCGGUGAUGAUUCGUCUGUCUUGGUAUUCGUUAAGGUAGCAUCUGAGAAAUACCUCACCAAUCACAUCUACCGUGAACGAGUCCAGGAUUGGCUCUACGGCGUUAGAAUCACCGCGCCAGACAAGGACGUGGCCAAAGAAUUCGCUAAUCAGUCUAUUACCGAAGCUGAGCGAUUACGUACCGUCUACCUACUAAUCACAAAGCCCAAGAAUGAAGGAGGUGCAGGUAUCACUCCCAAGCUCGGCCAGUGGAAGAACGUUUUGUCCAUCUUCCCACUCCACAACCACGCCUUCAACCGCCAAUGGAUCAAAGAAUGGAGUACUAAAUACUUCCUCACCGAUAAGGAUCUCGAUCAGAUUCGAGACAAGUUCGGCGAGAGCGUGGCCUUUUACUUUGCCUUCUUGCAAUCCUACUUCACCUUCUUAAUAUUCCCUGCUGCAUUUGGAUUUGGUGCUUGGCUUGUUCUUGGCCGCUACUCGUGGUUCUUUGGAAUUGUCAACUCCCUCUGGACCAUUAUCUUCUUCGAAUGGUGGAAGAAGAAGGAAGUUGACCUCGCAGUUCAAUGGGGCGUCCGUGGAGUUUCUCGCAUCCAACGCCCUCGAACACAGUUCAGAUGGGAUCAUGAAGCAGCAGACCCGAUUACCGGGGAAGCUGUCAAGGUUUAUUCUCCGAUCAAGAGAUUACGAACUCAGUUACUGCAGAUCCCAUUCGCUCUAGGCUGCUCGGCACUCCUCGGGGCUCUCUACGUUUUCUGCUUCUCGAUCGAGAUCUUCCUCGGAGAAAUUUAUAAUGGCCCGUUCAAGUCAUACUUGACAUUUACCCCGACGAUCAUCCUGACUGGAGGAUUACCUGCGUUGUCAACCAUUCUCGGUAGUUUUGCAGAAACACUCACUGACAGGGAAAACUAUGAGACGGUCGACAAGCACCAUUCCGCUUUAGUUCAAAAGUUGUUCAUUAUUAACUUCAUCACGUCAUAUACCCCUCUUUUCCUCAGUGCUUUUGUUUACAUGCCAUUUGGAAACUUACUAGUGCCAUAUCUCGAUAUCUUCAAGGCUACGGCCGAGAAGUUUUCCAGCGAGAACUCCAUCAGCACCCAAAGCUUCCAAGUCAAUCCCGAUCGUCUAAGAAACCAGAUGAUAUACUUCACAGUCACAGCUCAGAUUAUCAAUUUCGCUCUCGAAGUCGUCGUGCCUUACGUGAAGCGAAAGGCUUUCCAAGAAGUUGAGAAGGUUCAAUCUAAGGGAAAAACAUCGGCUCCCGAUGAUGUGCCCGAAGAGCACGCUUUUCUUGAGAGGGUCCGCAAUGAGGCGCAACUUGACGUCUAUGACGUGACGGUUGAUUACAGAGAGAUGAUCGUGCAAUUCGGUUACUUAUCACUAUUCUCUGUUAUCUGGCCGCUAACUCCUCUUUGCUUCUUCCUCAACAACUGGGUUGAACUUCGAUCUGAUGCGAUGAAGAUUGCAGUCACUACUCAAAGGCCUAUCCCUUGGAGAGCUGAUUCGAUUGGUCCUUGGCUCAACUCACUUGGAUUCAUAUCCUGGUUUGGAAGUCUCGUGAGCUCCGCUAUCGUAUAUCUCUUCAGUGGCGAAACUGAGGGACCUGGAGGUGAUCCAUCGAACAUCGUUGUUUGGGGUCUGUUGUUGAGCAUCCUUCUCUCCGAACAUCUGUACCUGGCUGCUCAAUUUCUGGUUCGAUAUACAUUGAACCAGAUGGACAGUCCAGGAUUGCAGAAGGAGAGAGCUGAGCGAUUUUCUAUGAGAAAACAGGUACUAGAGGAAAGCCUAGGUCCAGAAGUCACUGAAAAGCCACUCCCUCCUACGCCAGCUGCCGGCGAGAAGAUUACUCGAGAGUCAUUGGAAGAUGUAGCUCGAAGGAUAUCCGUAUCAGGUGGAGGGACCCCCGAACAAUUGUUCUGGUUGAGACAGCAAGGCAUGGAUGAGACGAUACAGAUGGGCCGAAGCUUGAUCUCUCAGACGAAGGAGGCUAAGAACUAGGUGUCUGAGCCGCUACGUAAUAUUUGGGGUCCUAUAGAAGGGGCUAUACUGACCUCGGCGGUGUCAAUAGUAGUAGGCAUGGUAAUUGAGUAGGUAGCUAACGUUUGUCUAUUCAUCCAUCUCUGAAUAGAAACCGCCGGCACUUGCUUCUUGCGUUCUAAAACAGAUUUAUAAUUUUCAAAGGACGUGCUAUGAAUCCGUCUUCUACGUGGCUGACUGUAAGCCAUAUGGUCAGUACUUGGCCUAUAUUUAUUCAUAAUAACGACGAAGCACAAAUACAAAGACCGAUGAUCUCAUCU